UUGCUUACUGCUGAAAUAUAAUAUAUUUAAUUAUUUUAUACAUCUCCACCUACUGAUGAACGUUAACUAUUUCAGUAAAAUAUCGUUAUGUUAUUUCGUUUUGUAUCGCUUUUACACGAUUGUCUCACGGCCUAGACUGGAACAUACCAUUUUAAAAACCAAUUUCAGUGCUUGUGUUAGAAUGGGGAUGUUUAAUGCUACGUGCUUUGAAUUAUUUGAAAUAAAAAAAAAAUCACUGAGUUUAAAAAGGUUUACAUUUUCAUUUAGAUUGUAUUCAGAUUAAAACUGUUUAUAAAACCUUGUUCAUCGAACAUAAGCAUUGAAUAUUUUCGUUUCAAUAUAACACCUCUCCCCCGUUUCACUGAAUGGAACAGCCUCUAAUGGAUGUCGCUUCUCGAAGUUCCCCAUAACUGAGAAGAUGAGCGAACUAAAGGACUGCCCGCCGCUCAAAUACUACGACUUCAAGCCUGUGGAGCAUGUGAAAGUGUGUCCUCGCUACACGGCGGUGUUGGGCCGCUCGGAGGACGAUGGCAUCGGGAUUGAGGAGUUGGACACGUUGCAGCUGGAGCUGGAGACGCUGCUGUCCUCGGCCAGCCGACGUCUCAGAGCGCUGGAAGAGCAGAGACAGAUCCUAACAGAUUGGCAGGACAAAAAAGGCGACAAAAGGUUCCUGAAGAUGGGGAAAGAAGUCGAUCCGACCGCCUCCUCCCGCCAUCCGAAGCCUAAGAAGCCAAAACUCGAAGGGAAGGCAGGUCACGGGCCUGGGCCUGGUCCAGGUAGGCCUAAAUCCAAAAACCUGCAGCCCAAAGUCCAGGAGUAUGAAUUCGGUGAAGACCCACAGGACAUGCCCCGCAACCCCAAGAACGACACUCCAAACAGAUUCUGGGCUUCAGUAGAGCCCUACUGUGCAGACAUCACCAAUGAAGAGAUCAGAGUUCUUGAAGAACUUCUUAAACCACCUGAUGAUGAAGCGGAGUAUUACAAGAUUCCCGCUCUGGGGAAGCACUACUCUCAGCGCUGGGCACAAGAAGACCUGCUGGAAGAGCAGAGAGAGGGAGCGCGAGCCAACGAUAAGAAGAAAAGCAUGCUGGGUCCGCUCUCUGAGAUCGAUGCCAAAGACGUCGAUGCUUUGCUGAAAAAGUCUGAGUCCCAGCAUGAGCCUCCGGAGGACGGCUGCCCGUUUGGUCCCCUCACGCAGCGCCUUCUGCAGGCUCUAGUGGAGGAGAAUAUCAUAUCCCCUAUGGAGGAUUCCCCCAUUCCAGACAUUCCAGCGAAGGAUGAUGGAGCCGGAACAUCACCUCGCAGCCAGGGGAAAGCUUUCAGUGUUCCCCACACACGCUCUCUGGAGGCCCGGAUCAGGGAGGAGCUGGUAGCUCAGGGUCUGUUGGACUCGGAUGAGAGGCAGGGUACCGGCGACUCGGAGGACGAGGUGCUGGCCGAACUCCAGAAGAGACAGGCCGAGCUCAAAGCUCUGACCGCUCACAACCGAGCACGAAAGCAGGAGCUGCUCCGGUUAGCGCGGGAGGAGAUGAGGAAGCAGGAGCUGCGCCAGUGUGUCCGAGUGGCUGACAAUGAGGUGAUGGAGGCUUUCCGGCGCAUCAUGGCUGCCAGGCAAAAGAAACGCACUCCGACAAAGAAGGAAAAGGAUCAGGCGUGGAAGGCACUGAAAGAGAGGGAGAGAAUCCUCAAACAGCUGGACGGAUAAAGAAGACCAUAAUCCGAUCGUGUUAGUGUAGAGUCACUGGGACCAGAGCUUUCACAACAACAAGGUCUAACGUCAAGGGCUGGUUUUAGACUAAUCCUAGUAGGAACUCUCAUAACCCUUUUCCACAAUGUGAUGAUGUUGAAGCUUUUCCACAUUUCCACAGGUUCAUGAGCUGAAUUAUGCAGUAAAAUGUCACUUUUUGGUUGAAGGUAUAGUCUGGUUUUGAGAAGAUAUUUUAUUAUGCAGAGUGAAACCCACAGCUCAGCAUCACUGUGUUCUCAAGCAGCACAAAGAUGACAUGCAUGCCGUUGUUAUUGCCUUUGAGUGUGUAUUUUCACACGUGAAGUCUCACUCGCUUCGUUGCAGAUUAUUUCUUACUCAGAUGCAAGGCCACUGAUUUCUGUUUCUUUGCACUGUUAAAUCAUUUGAAGUCCAGCAUUUUAGUGGGGAAUGCCUCUAGGUUUGGUGACCAUAGGCGGUGGAAAAGGACAGUCAUUCUGAAAGGGUUUGUUUUUCUCCUAAUGACACUCUGAAGGUCACUUAAAGAAAAUAUGCCGUCAUCUUUAAUGACAGUAAACAUUUGGAUCACUGUCACCGUUCUCAUUAAAGGAUCAGUUUUCCCAAAUUCCAGACUAGAUCCAGCCCUGUACACGUCCCACUGAGCCACAUGAUGUGCACUAAGAAAUCACUGAUAAGCUACUGUGAGAAAUCCUGUCACCAUGACAACACCGGAUCCCUGGACUUGUGUGAAUCAUGUCAUGAGGUGCGAGUGCCCCGUUCAUCGCCUUCUGUACCCUAAUGUGAGCUUUUGCACUCGUAUCCUGACGGCUGAUGCGACUGGAUCCCAGGGUCUCAUUACCAUGUUUGCCUUUUUUUUGUACAGUCCACUGUUAGCAGCAUACCUGUUACAGUCAGGGGAGAAAGUUGUUGUAUUUUUGCCACCAGAAGCAUUUUCCUUAUGUUUUCAUUUUGAUGGAACGGAGUGAUUAAAGAAACGGACGACACUGUGUCCACUAUA